CGAAGGGAGGGAGACGACCCGGGGGAAGAGGGUGGGUGGAGAAAUCCAGAACCAUGAGCCACCCGGAGCUCGCCGAUACCCCAGCAGGAGCCGCUGCCGAACCCGAGGCUGAGGCCGAGGCCCAGGCCCAGGCCCAGGCCGAAGCCGAGCCCGACGCCAAGCUCCUCCACACCAAGAGGCUGUACCGGGCUGUGGUGGAGGCUGUUCAUCGACUUGAUGUCAUCGUUUGCAAUAAGACUGCUUACCGUGAGGUGUUCAAACCCGAAAACAUCAGCCUGCGGAACAGGCUGAGGGAGCUCUGCGUGAAGCUCAUGUUUCUCCAUCCCGUGGACUACGGGCGGAAGGCCGAGGAACUGCUUUGGAGGAAGGUUUACUACGAGGUCAUCCAGCUCAUCAAAACCAACAAAAAGCAUCGGCAGGGCCUUGGUUUCCUCUUUAUUCAGCUUCGGAUUAAUUGCUUUGUUAGCCGUGGCAUGGUGGUAAGGGUCACCGGAUCCAGGCUGGGAUCCCGCCUUGCCAGUUAA